CUAGAUCCCAUCUCUUAAAAAAAAAAAAAACAAAAAAAAACCCAAAGUAACAAAAGCAAAACAAUACGAUACUACUUCCUUUGUUGGCCAAGGGAAAGGAUAAGAGGAUUAAUAUUUUGUGACUCUUACAUGCCAAACCAAUUAUUAAUACGAAAACUUCAUUUCCUCUUGGAAGUUUUUUAGUAUUCCCAAGGCUGGUUCUUUCUACCUUCCUCCCUCUCACGUUACUGCUCUGUUCUCUGCUAACCUCUAACUGUACUUAAUUAACAAAGUAAUGGGUGUUAGUUAUUUAUUUAGAGUCUGGUUUGUGUUAUAGCUGAAAUACCUAAAAGGAUGUUAUAUGGAAGAGGAAUUAUGGCAGCAGAGGGAAGAACCAGGACAAAUGGGGUAGAAAUGGAAAGAUUGCUCAAAAAAUGUUGCUGAAGUGCUGCUGAAAGGGCCAGAGAUGCAAGGAUUUGGGACACAUUUUGAAACUUUAAGCUGUCUGACAUUGACCUCCUUUCAUUAUUAAUAAAGAAGAAGCAGGAGCUUAGGAUGUAUUAACACCAACUCAUUAAUAUACUAACCGGACAAUGUUCUGCAAACAAUUCUGCAUUUUAAAGAACUGGAUUGGCACAAAAUAAAAAAUAAUUUCAUAUUUUACUCAGCUUGUAGUAUGACUCGAUGGAGGAAAAUUUGAUAAACAUGAGGGAAGACCAUUCUUUUCAUGUUCGUUACAGAAUGGAAGCUUCUUGCCUAGAGCUGGCCUUGGAAGGCGAACGUCUGUGUAAAUCAGGAGACUGCCGCGCAGGCGUGUCAUUCUUUGAAGCUGCAGUUCAAGUUGGAACUGAAGACCUAAAAACACUUAGCGCUAUUUACAGCCAGUUGGGAAAUGCUUAUUUCUACUUGCAUGAUUAUGCCAAAGCAUUAGAAUACCACCAUCAUGAUUUAACUCUUGCAAGGACUAUUGGAGACCAGUUGGGGGAAGCCAAAGCUAGUGGUAAUCUGGGAAACACCUUAAAAGUUCUUGGGAAUUUUGAUGAAGCUAUUGUCUGUUGUCAACGACACCUAGAUAUUUCCAGAGAGCUUAAUGACAAGGUGGGAGAAGCAAGAGCACUUUACAAUCUUGGAAAUGUAUAUCAUGCCAAAGGGAAAAGUUUUGGCUGCCCUGGUCCCCAAGAUGGAGGAGAAUUUCCAGAAGAAAUGAGAAAUGCUCUGCAGGCAGCUGUGGAUUUUUAUGAGGAAAACCUAUCAUUAGUGACUGCUUUAGGUGACCGAGCAGCCCAAGGACGUGCCUUUGGAAAUCUUGGAAACACACAUUACCUCCUUGGAAACUUCAGGGAUGCAGUGAUAGCACAUGAGCAGCGUCUCCUUAUUGCAAAAGAAUUUGGAGAUAAAGCAGCUGAAAGAAGAGCAUAUAGCAACCUUGGAAAUGCAUAUAUAUUUCUUGGUGAAUUUGAAACUGCCUCUGAAUACUACAAGAAGACACUACUAUUGGCUCGACAGCUUAAAGACAGAGCUGUAGAAGCACAGUCUUGUUACAGUCUUGGAAACACAUACACUUUACUUCAAGACUAUGAAAAGGCCAUCGAUUAUCAUUUGAAACACUUAGCAAUUGCUCAAGAGCUAAAUGAUAGAAUUGGUGAAGGAAGAGCAUGCUGGAGCUUAGGAAAUGCAUACACAGCUCUAGGAAAUCAUGACCAAGCAAUGCAUUUUGCUGAAAAGCACCUGGAAAUUUCAAGAGAGGUUGGAGAUAGAAGUGGUGAACUAACAGCACGACUAAAUCUCUCAGAUCUUCAAAUGGUUCUUGGUCUGAGCUACAGCACAAAUAAUUCCAUAAUGUCUGAAAAUAUUGAAAUUGAUGACACUUUACAUGGUGCACGCCCCAAGUUGGGACGCCGACACAGUAUGGAAAAUAUGGAACUUAUGAAAUUAACACCAGAAAAGGUACAGAACUGGAACAGUGAAAUUCUUGCUAAACAAAAACCUCUUAUUGCCAAACCUUCUGCAAAGCUACUCUUUGUCAACAGACUGAAGGGGAAAAAAUACAAAGCUAAUUCCUCCACUAAAGUUCUCCAAGAUGCCAGUAAUUCUAUUGACCACCGAAUUCCAAAUUCUCAGAGGAAAAUCAGUGCAGAUACUAUUGGAGAUGAAGGGUUCUUUGACCUGUUAAGCCGAUUUCAAAGCAAUAGGAUGGAUGAUCAGAGAUGUUACUUACAAGAAAAGAACUGCCAUACAGCUUCAACAGCAACUUCUUCUACUCCUCCCAAAAUGAUGCUAAAAACACCAUCUGUUUCUGUGGUAUCCCCCAACACGGAUGAGUUUUUAGAUCUUCUUGCCAGCUCACAGAGCCGCCGUCUGGAUGACCAGAGGGCCAGUUUCAAUAAUUUGCCAGGGCUUCGUCUAACACAAAACAACAAUCAGUCAGUACUUAGCCACCUAAUGACUAAUGACAAGAAAGAGCCUGAUGAAGACUUCUUUGACAUCCUUAUAAAGUGUCAAGGAUCCAGAUUAGAUGAUCAAAGAUGUGCUCCGCCACCUGCUGCCACAAAGGGUCCAACAGUACCAGAUGAAGACUUUUUUAGCCUUAUUCUACGCUCUCAGGCGAAAAGAAUGGAUGAACAGAGAGUUCUUUUACAAAGAGAUCAAAACAGAGACACUGAGUUUGGACUAAAGGACCUUUUGCAAAGCAAUGCUUUGUUGGAAUUUAAAAAUUUAGGGAAAAAUCAGCAAACCACUAGUUAACUAUGUGUGUGUAUAUAUAUGUGUGUGUGUAUAUAUAUAUAUAUUUGUUUUUUAGAUGAAGUCUUGCUCUGUCACCCAGGCUGGAGUAUAGUGGUAGUUAUAGUAGUUCAUGCAGCCUCAGACUCUUGGGUUCACACAAUCCUCCUGCCUCAGCUAGGACUACAAGUGUGUACCACCACACUUGGCUAAUUUUUUUUUUUUAAUAGAAGCGGGGUGUUGCUAUGCUGCCCAUGCUAGUCUUGAACUCCUGGCCUCAAACAAUCCUCCCACCUCAGCGUCCCGAAGUGCUGGGAUUACAAGCACAAGCCACUGCUCCCAACCACUAUGGAUAUUUUUAAAGACAAGACCUUAUUUCCACACUGCAGGGAAACUCAAUCUAUUUUUUUCCUUAAAAGAAUUUAUAGCACUAUAAUACAACUUAAAAUGUUUUUAGAAUGAUGUAAAUAUUUAACCUUCAGUAGUAUAGCAUUUAAGAAUUAAUAUUUCUCUGGGCACUCGCUUGUUUCAGGGUGCAAGUGUCCUGUAAGGUGCUUCAUCAUCUUCUGAGAUUGCUGCUUGGGAUGUGUUCUUUGGCAACUUGGUAGAUUUCUUUACCUGGUGUUUGUAAAGUAGGAAAUUAAAUGAAUCCUAAAGUAGGAUUUAAUCCUCUUGCUAUUUUUUUAAAAUCUUGACAAUAGUUUUAAUACUUAACCAUGAAUAUAGUGGGAAAUUAUGCUGUUUAGUAAAAAUAAUGUACUUGACCAAUGUAAAAAAUUUACAUAAAAUAGUCUUACUAAAAAUUUAGAUUUUUCUCUGAAAAUCUAUUUUCAAUAUAUUUUAAA